AUGGAAAAAAGAAAGAAAGAAAAGAAAAGAAACACUUACCCGGGUACCAGAACCAGCGACCACGCCUUCGAGUGCUCAGAGCCGAGGCAAGAGGAAGCGUGGCCUCCCUCGCUGCCCUCGCCAGGGAUCGUGUCUCGCGGCAUGCCCAGUAGUGGGUGGUUGGCUGCUCUCACCAGGCACUUCACCCGCACGCCUUCGGUACCCCGCGCCCACGCACAUACCCGAGAGUGUGGGCGGGCUGGAGGUAACGGUAUUGCUAUUGUGUCAUCUCAGAAUGCCUCCCCAACCCCCCCGAGUCGCCCCACGACACCCUGGAACCUUGAGACCCUCGACGACGAGAUCCAGCGGGCAGCAGGAGACGAAGACGACCUGCAGGAGUCGGAAGAAGCUGCCCCCCGUGCCGGCUCCUCCUCAUCGCGCCACAGAGAUUCUCCUUCAGCAAUGAGCGCGGCGGCAGGCCCUCAGCGGCGGGGUUCGUACUCCCGCCCGACCUCCGCCUCCUCCCGGCCGCCCUCUUCGGCCUCGCGCCCCACCUCGGCCCCUUCACGUCCUUCGUCCUCCGCAGCCUCACGGCCAACCUCUGCGGCCUCCAGGCUCUCCGCCCCCGCCCACCCGCUGCUUCGGUCCCAGACGCAGGCGGAGACUGCGGCAGGGUCCGGCCCGUCCACGCCCCUGCCCGCUCAGGUGGACGACCCCGGAGACUACCAUGCCUUCCUGUACGACAUGGAUGCCCGCGGUCAUUACUUCAUCCCGCCCGUCAUCCCGCCCCUGUACGACCGCCCCGUGGCCGCCCCCACACCCAUGUCCACGAGGUGCAACACGCCCGUGUGGGACCUCGACGGGGAGAAGAGAGUCCGAUUCCUGGAGCCUGAGGUGGGCGGCGGGUUGAAAUUCGUCUUGUUUGGAGAUUUGGUGGAAAGCUGGGUGCACUGCAGUAAACACCAUGGUAAACUUACCUCUAUGAACCCUGUUAAGAAUGCGGAUAUACAUCUAAUGAAGGUUGUGGUACCAGUGGUGGGUGACACUCCCUCCCGCCCCCCCAGCGUCACCUCGCAGUACUCGCAGGUCCUCAAGAACUCCACGCGCUUCUUAUUCCAACCCUCGCAGGCGCUGACGGGCGACCCGGGCGGCCACAACCCCCGCUACUGCAACUGCCCGUGCCACUUCUUUCCGUCGGGGCGCAAGAGCGUGGGGAUUCAGGUCAAGCGGACUGACCCGGAGCCGCCCCGCCCGCGCCACUACCGUCUCUUCUUCACGCCCACGAUGAGGGGCCUCGAGCAGGUCAACUUCGGUACAAAAUCGGUCAGCUUGGCCACGAGGGCGAUUUUCUCCCAGGUGGGGCUGGCGGUGCUGGUGGUGGCGUGGUGGGUGGCGGGCGCGGCCAUCUUCUCCAGCGUGGAGGGCGCAGCGGAGAGCAAGACCGUGGACAGGAUGGCCGCCCUGCGCACGGACCUGGUGCUGGGUCUGGCCACGGAGCUGCGCCAGGUGCUGCCCUACGACCUGGUGUGGAGGACCAAGAUUGAGACGUACAUGGGGCGGCUGGAGAAUGCGGUGCUGGACGCGGCGCGAGCGGGCUACGCCUCCAGGGCCCCGACCUGGACGAUGUCGGGGGCGCUGCUGUAUUCCGCCUCGCUCACCACGCUCGUCGGUCCUGGCGGCAUGACCCUCAGGACAGGCUUCAGCAGAAUCUUCGCCGUCCUGUUUUCCCUCGUGGGCGCUCCUCUCGUCCUCCUCCUGGCGAUCAGCGGGGCCUUCACCCUCCGUGAGGGCGUGGGCAAGGCGUGGGCGUGGCGUUGCGGGCGGGGGCGGCAGAGCCGGGUGUCCGACGGUCGCGGCCAGGAGGAGCGGCGCGCGGAGCAGUACGGGAGCGGCAGGGGCGGUUCCGCGACGAGCACCCUCAACCUGGCCUCCGCCCGCCCGCACUCGUCCUCCAACCCCGGCCCGUCUGCGGCGGACGCGGGCCCCGACACGCCCAACGGGCCUGGCGAACUCCCCGGCUCCACAGUGCCAGGAAACAGUGCCAAAGUAAGAGGGAUGGCAGAGACGUCUCGCGUUCCGGUCCUAGACUCCACGCUGCGCUCAUCCACUUCCUCGGGCCUCACGGCGCAGGACACGGACGCCAGCAGCGAGUCCGGAGGCAUCAUCGCCGCUCCAACGACGUCCGCGGGGCGUCCCUCGGAGCAGCGCCUCGGAGCCGGCGCGACCGACGCUGCCCCUCGGCGGCCCAAACAGGUCUACUACCCAUAUCCGCCGCCGCCGCGACGCUCCAAGACGGCCCCGUGGGUGGUGUACCUGGUCAUCCUCCUGGUGUACCUCCUGCUGGGCUUCGCCAUCUUCGCCCCUAUCCAGCGCUGGAGCCUUCCGUCCGCCCUCUACAUCCUGUCCGGCACGCUGCUCACCCUCGACCACGAGUGCCUGGGCGAGAGGCAGACGCUGGGCUCCAGCAAGAUCAUCGUACCUUACGUGCUGUACAUGCUGCUGGGCAUCGUGCUCGCCACCAGCCUCGUGAUGAGCGUGUGGUCCUCGCUGUGCGCCUCGCUCGUCAACACCGGCAAGUACCUGGCCGUCGUGAGGCCCACCGCUAGAUAACACCUCCCGAGGGAACCUGGUGUCACCUAGGCUCAGGUCUGUAGGUUUUGUAAGAUUUUUUCAAAAGAUCGUUUAUAUUCGGGGCUCCUUCGUCGUGCCGGCGGAGACCCCGCGCUGAGACUAUUUUGUAUCCGUAAGCGUCAGGAGGACCGGCCUGGCGCCGGCACACAACUCCUCCCCCUCCCCCAGGAGGGUGAACGGUACAAACAAUAAAUAAUGUGCAAUCA